ACAAAAGAAGAUGAAGAUAUUGAAAAAAUCAAACAGACAUUAUCAGAAGAACAAAGAAAGAUAAUUGAUAUUGUGAUGACUAAAAAAAAAUCUAUAUUUUUCACAGGUGCUGGUGGAUAUGAAAAGAGUUAUACACUGAAUUUUCUUAUUAAAUUGUUGUAUAAAGAAUAUGGAAUGAGUAAAAUUGGCAUAACUUCAUCCACUGGUUUAUCUGUAUUAAAUAUAAAUGGUAUAACAUUACACAAAUUUGCAAGUAUCGGGAUAAUAGAUAAACCAUUUAAUGAGAUUAUUGAUAAUAUAAAAGAUAAACAAUAUAUUUAUAAUAGAUGGUUGAAUACAGAAAUAUUAAUAAUUGAUGAGAUAUCAAUGAUUAAUGUGGAAACAUUUGAUUUUAUUGAUAAAGUAGCACGUGAGAUUCGUGAGGAAGAUGAACCAUUCGGUGGAAUACAACUUGUAAUAUCUGGUGAUUUUUUACAACUUCCACCUGUCAAGGGUGAAUAUGCAUUUUUAAGUAAAGUAUGGAAAUUUACAAUACAAGAAUAUGUAUUUUUAAGUAAACCAUUUAGACAAACUGAUACAUAUUUCAUAAAUGGUCUUGAUAAUUUAAGAAUCGGGAGAAUAAAUGACAAUUUUGUUACUUAUAUCAAAAAUUUAUCACGAGACAUCGAAUAUGAAGAUG